AUGGCGGGGACUGGGAAGUCUACAAUUGCCCGGACGGUUGCUCAAUCUUUUAAAAACCAAGGACUGCUUGGCGCCACUUUCUUCUUUAAGCGGGGUGAAGCUGACCGUGGUAACGCGAAAUACUUAAUAUCAACUAUUACGAGGCAGUUGGUAACUAGGCACCGGUGCCUGGUGCCUGACGUCUUGAACGCCAUUAAGAAUGAUCCGGAUAUCGCAUCUAAAUUUCUCAGUGAACAGUCUGACAAGCUUCUUUAUCAACCUCUCAUGAAGCUGCAUCUGGACCAACCUACAACGAUUGUAAUAGUUAUUGACGCCUUGGACGAAUGUGAUGGGGAAAAUGAUAUAUACGUGGUACUUCGACUCUUGUUCAAGUUGCAGGAAAUUAAAUCUGUACAUCUGCGAGUGUUCCUGACCAGCAGACCGGAACUUCCGAUUCGCCUUGGAUUUAAGCAGGAUAAGAACCACCAAGACCUGUUUCUCCAUGAACUUCCUGCCCCAGUGAUUGAACAUGAUAUCCGCCUCUUCCUGGAACACAAACUUUUAGAAAUAAGGAUUGAGCGCUCACUUUCCCCAGAGUGGCCUGGAAAUAAAAAUAUAGAAAAGCUAGUGAAAAUGGCUCUCCCUUUGUUUAUUUUCGCGGCCACUAUUUGCCGUUUUGUUGGGGAUAGAGACUGGCUUCCAGAAAAGCGUCUUCUAGCCAUCCUCGAAGAUGAAGCAGCAAUAUCAAUAUCUGAUAUGGACAGAACAUAUCUACCGGUAUUAAAUCAACUCUUUGCUUCUAAGGAUCAGAGUGAUUUCAUGCUACUCUUGCAAGAGUUUCAGGAUAUAAUUGUUCUGAAUAUCCCGGAUAAUCAUGAUGCGCCGGUCCGUAUACUGCAUAUCUCCUUUCGAGAUUUUCUUGUUAACACUAAAGGUCACUUCCAUGUAGUUGGGGGGGAGACGCAUGAGAAAAUAGCAUCAUAUUGCCUUCGCGCCAUGGACUCUAAGCUGAAACACAACAUAUGUGGUCUAGCAAGCUACGGAACACAGCGCAAGGAUAUCGACCUUCAGGUCAUCAAUCAACACCUCACAGCUGAUCUGCAAUACUCCUGCCACUACUGGGUGUAUCAUCUUAAGCAGAGCAAAGGUCGCAUCUCUGAAUCUGAAAUUCUUCGUUUCCUCAAGAAGCGGCUCCUUCACUGGUUGGAGGCACUGGCUUUAAUUGGAAGUAUAUCUGACGCCUUAGGAAUGAUAGAUAUACUGGAGUUCAGCGCAUGGACGAGUAUAGGAGCCGAGCUGUCAACCUUUCUUUAUGACACAAGAAGGUUUACUCUUCAAAACUCCUACAUAGCUAGUAUUGCUCCACUCCAAGUCUACAGUUCGGGCCUGGUGUUUACACCUGUACAGAGCAUUAUCAAAAAUGCUUUUUAUGGUGAAAUUUUGAAACAGAUACAGAGGCUACCAGUGGUGGAAGACUCUUGGAGCCCAAGCCUACAAACACUCGAGGGCCAUUCGGGUACAGUCUAUUCGGUGGCCUUCACUCCUGAUGGGCUUACACUAGGGUCGGGCUCUGGCGACAACACCAUUAAGCUCUGGGAUACCACAACUGGCACGCACCGGCUGACAUUAGAGGGUCAUUUAGAUUCAGUCCGUUCAGUGGCCUUCUCUCCUGAUGGGCUAACACUAGCAUCGGGCUCUGAAGAUAACGCUAUAAAGCUCUGGGAUAUGACAACGGGCACACACCGGCAGACAUUAGAGGGCCAUUCGUAUUGGGCCAAUUCAGUGACCUUCUCUCCCGAUGGGCUUACACUAGCGUUUGCUUCUAGCGACAACAACACUAUUAAGCUCUGGGAUACCACAGCAGGCACACACCGGCAGACAUUAGAGGGCUAUAUAGUGGCCUUCUCCCCUGAUGGGCUUACACUAGCGUCGGGCUCUAACAAUGAGACUAUCAAGCUCUGGGAUACCACAACAGGCACGCACCGGCUGACAUUCGAGUGCCAUUCAUGUUGGAUGCGUUCGAUGGCCUUCUCUCCUGAUGGGCUUACACUAGCGUUGGCCUCUAUCGACAACAAUGUUAAGCUCUGGGAUACCACGACGGGCACGCACCGGCAGACACUAGAGGGCCACUCGAAUAUAGUCAAUUGCAUGGCCUUCUCUCCUGAUGGGCUUACACUAGCGUCGGGCUCUAGCGACAACACUAUUAAGCUCUGGGAUAUCACGACGGGCACGCACCGGCAGACAUUAGAGGGCCAUUCAAGUUGGAUCUAUUCUGUGGCCUUCUCUCCCGAUGGAUGUAAACUCGCGUCGGGCUCUAACGAUAGCACUAUCAAGCUCUGGGAUACCACGAUGGGCACGCACCGGCAGACGGGCACGCAUCGGCUGACAUUAGAGGGCCAUCCAAGUUCAGUCAAUUCAGUGGCCUUCUCUCCUGAUGGGCUUACACUAGCGUCGGGCUCUAACGACAAAACUAUCAAGCUAUGGGAUACCACGACGAGCACACACCGGCAGACAUUGGAGGGCCAUUCAAGUUGGAUCAAUUCAGUGGUCUUCUCCCCUGAUGGGCUUACACUAGCAUCGGGCUCUAGCGACAAUACUAUCAAGCUUUGGGAUAUUACGACGGGCACGCACAGUCUGACACUAGGGGGACAUUCCGAAUGGAUCUGUUCAGUGGACUUCUCUCCCGAUGGACAUACAAUAGCAUCGGGCUCAAACGAUAAGACUAUCAAGCUCUGGGAUACUACAACAGGCAUGCACCGGCAGACAUUAGAGGGCCAUUCAAGUAGGGUCUAUUCAGUGGCCUUCUCUCUCGAUGGGCUUACAGUAGCGUCGGCCUCUAACGAUAGCACUAUUAAGCUCUGGGAUACCACAACAGGCACGCAGCGGCAGACAUUAGAGGGCCAUCCAAGUGAUGUCAACUCAGUGCUGAGCAAAUCCAAUUGCAAAGUUCAGGUAUCUUUAUCGAAUGCUUGGAUUACCUUGGAUGGUGAGAAUCUACUGUGGCUCCCUGCCGAGUAUCGUUCAUUUAAUUGCUUCGCUGUCAUGGACACCACACUUGCUCUAGGGUAUCAUGACGGGCGGGUCAUUAUUAUAGGAUUCCAGGCACUGUAG